AUGGCCCGCGAGAACGAGUUGCUGUUGGUUGUUGGUACUGUCCGGGACACUCGCAUUGUUCCUCGACAAUACGCAACUGGGUAUUUGAGGACAUAUAAGAGCUUGGAUGCUGGCAAGGGGCUGGAGCUGUUCCACCAGACCGAAGUGGACGAUGUCCUGCUCGCGCUUCUUGGUACCAAGGGACGCUUGUGUGCUGGUGUUGGCAAGGCUCUUAGUAUAGACGAGAUGAGCAAAAAGAAGCUGCUUCGGAAGUGUGAGAACAAUGCGUCUCAUUAUACCAUCUCAACGUUUUUCGCUAUCCCUACUGCUUGUUGCGCUGAUCCACCGAUGGUGGGCCAUUACCCAAGCCGGUGGACGACGUCCGCCUUCCCCAAGAUCCUUCCCGAUAGUGGAAAACCUGUUUGCGAUACCCCCCGGUCUGGAAUACAUGGCUUAUAUGAAGCUUGGCGAGAAGCUAAACAGUUGAGCUUGUACCUUAAUUACUCAACAUCCACUCAAAGAACGCUAACCACAAAUUUGACCGGAGUGGUAAUUAAUGUGGCGUCGUCCAUGCUCAAACUAGCUUACAGAUACACUCUGCAAGGAGAUAAUGAUACUAUCUUUCAAGAUAUCUAUGACACCGCAAACCACGUUCAGCUGGCUGGAAUGUCCACAAACUUUCUUGUAAAUAAGUUCCCUCUUUUGUCUUAUGUUCCAGAUUGGCUCGCUGGAACAGGUUGGAAAAGCACCGCUCCCCAGUGGGGAGCGCUAAAGGAACAGGCUCUGUCUGUACCGUACGAGUGGACUAAAACUCAGAUAUCUUCCGGGGACAUACAGCCUUCCAUCUUGGGCGCACUUUUACAAAAAGCUGCCUUGACCUCGUAUGUAAAAGAAGACGAGAAAGAGAGCAUUUUUAAAGAAAUUGCCCAUAUUAUUGUCUCUGCCGGGACUGACACGACAUCGACGGAACUUGUAGCUUUUAUCGUAGCAAUGGUCUUAAAUCCGGAUGUGCAAGUAAAAGCCCAAGAGGAACUAGAUAACGUCCUUGGGCCCAGAUCACUCCCUAAUAUGUCCGAUAGAGAACGCCUACCCGAUAUCGGAAAUCUUAUCCAAGAGGUACUGCGAUGGGAACCAGUUGCCCCAACAGGCGUCCCUCAUGCCUGCUGCCGGGAUGAAAAUUACUAA